AUGCUGGCGUUCCCCGGCCGAGCGCGCGCUCGGGCCGCAAGGCGACCCGGACCUUUCCCGGGAGCCGUUGCCGGCGACCUGUGCCCAGGCGCGGGGCCGGCCGGAUGGGCUCUGCCGCCGCCGGCGAGGGCGGGGGGCCGAAUUAGCCGCAGGCCCGGCGCUGCGCGCCUUCUCCCCGCACCCUCCGUUACGUGCCCCUGGAUCCCCGAGAGGGGCGAUGUUUCCCCAUCAGGAAAAGGUGCUUUGCUGCAAACUCGAGUGCAAUCGCCUUAUUUCCAGUUAACAUGGAUUGGCCAUCCCCCUGCCCGCGCCUCGUUUCUGGCUUACAGUCCUGGUCCUGCUGUACCGACUCGCCCGAGACCCUUGGUCUGUAAAGUAAACCGGGGCCGCCCGGAGACCCUUGCUCGGUCCUCUCCUGCGAUUCUGCUUCAGCCGGGGGAGGAAACGGUGACAGCCCCGGGGCAGGUGUGCUGGCUGGGGUUUGGGCAUCUUGGAAUACUUAGGGGAACGAACAUUCGUCAGGUUCAAGAAGAGGAAAGCAUUUUCAAGAGUAUGGUCAGUUGGGUAUCAUUUGAAAAGUUCAGAAAUAAAAUCCCGGACUUCCGCUUUUAAGAUCGUGUCUUCAGCUUAUGCACUUAACCCACCUGCUGCCUCACAGCCCACUGAAAGAAGAAGGAAACCUCUGUAGGACCAUUGGAAAAGAGGGAAAAAGCUGCUAUGGACACAAGAAAUGUGGAACUUCUGGAAUAUGUGAAACAGGAGAACCAAACUGAAAGCAAGAACAAAGCAGACUUGAAUAGCAGAUGAGGAAAAUGAAGGCUGGUAAGGCUCACUAACCUGUCCAAGGUCUCAUAGUUGUUGCUGCCGGUCCACCCAAUGGUUCUUCAGAUGGCUGAGUCAGGAGUCCUAGCAUCGGCCAUAAUCUGUGCUUAUAAUCAGACCUCAUUUACUACUUUCCCACAAACUGGAAUACAGUCUUACGUGGAAAAGGCUGCUAAAGGAGACUCCAACAUCAGACAAGGCAAGUCCGAAUGUGGAUGUGAAAGCUGGAGAUCUAGCUAACGUCUUGGACCACAAAAAUGAUAGCCACACCUCAAGGAUGGCAGAGUGGUGAGGUGGAGGGAGCCUGGCUUAAUGAAGACUGUGUGGUAGAGCUGCUACACCAGCCCCAGACUAAACUUGUGGACUUUUAUGUGAGAGAGAAAUAUCUUUUUAUCUCAUUUGUAUUACUCUUAUUUUGGAUCCUUCUUAUAAAUAAAUCUAAUUCUAACUCAAACAAAGAGGGUUAUCAUGAUUUACAGUACAUUGAAAGUUUCCUUUGUAUUUUCAAGGGUAGCUGUGUAUUUAAAAUUAUUUUAUAAUGUUUAGCAAUUUGUUAUAGGAUGGUGUUAUGGACUGAAUUGUGUCUCCCUAAAAUAUGUAUUGUAAAUCCUAACCUUUAUGUCUGUGGUUAUAACCCCAUUUAGGAAUGGGUUGUCUUGGUUUCGUUAAAGAGACAGGAUUAGCAUAGGGUGUGUCUUAAUUGAACCUCUUACAAGAUGUGAAAGAAGCAGAUUAAGGAAGCAGAAAUAGAAGAGAAAGAUGCUAAGCCACAUGAAGAUUGCCCAGGAGAGGAAGCUCAGAAGAGACAAGGACCUUCCUCCAGGACCAACAGAGAGAGAAAGACUUCUCCUAGAGCUGGCGUGCUGAAUUCAGACUUCUAGCCUUCUAAACUAUGAGAAAAUAAAUUUUUGUUUCUUAAAGCCAUUUACUUGUGGUAUUUCUGUUACAGUAGCGCUAGAUAACUAAGAUGGGGAGAUUGUAGCAUGUGCCCUACCCUCUCAAAAUGAAAGUCCCUUUGGUCACUUGUUCACUUUUUCUAAUCCAUUUUUAUAAGAAUUCCCUUUAUAUAUUUAGAAAAUUAGAUUUUUUUAAUCAUAAAUUUUACUAACACUCCCCCCUGUAAGUCUUUUGCAUGUUUUCUUUUUGUUUAAAUCAUUUUUCUUUUUUCUGAACGGAUGUUUAAUACUUAAGCCAAAACCAAACCCAUUGCUAUCGAGUCAAUUCCAACUCACAGUGACCCU